AAUGAUAAAGAUAAAUUAAAAUGUAUUAGUUCUAAAGUGAGGCAUUGAAAGGCUAAAAUGCAGAUUCAAUGAAGAACUAAGAAUAAAUAAAAGUAAUUGAUUGCUAUACAUGUUUAUGUAGAAACCGGUUGGGACUUCAUAAAUAAUAAUGAUGCCAAACUUCCUUAAAGUUACAGAAAAAGUACAAUUUUGGAAUCUUUUCAGUUUGGGAUGCAUUGUGGUACAGUGGUCAGUUCUCUCGUCUGAAAACUUGCUUCACAGGUUCAUCUUUGUCUCGAAAUGGCUCCUAGGUGUGCAUGUGAGUAUGUGGUUGUGUGUCUCUGCUACAGAAUGGGGAUCUGAUCAGGGUGUACUCCGCCUUUGCCCAAGAAGUAGGUUGGAUGGAUUCAACAGGUUCUAAAAUUGGAUUGAAAGAAUAUUUUUUUUGAAACAUCCACAGUUUGGCAGCUGCAACAAAUGCUUUUUAACCAGUUGUUUCCUCGUUUGUGGUUAAAGUUUGUUAUUUUGCUUUACCUUUCAAACACUUAAGCAACUUCUUUCUGUACUAACACUAUAAGUUUGUUUGUACUUCUCCUGUCUAAAAAACCCUAAAGAAAACUCAGAGUUUUUUUUAGGCUAGAGCCAUUAAAAUUUUCAUAUAGAAAAAAAAAAUCCUAAUUAUUUUGUGUUCUUCUAACAGAAAUGGAGGGAAGUACAGCCAACAGCUCUGAUUUUCUGGACUCCAACUUUCGCUACAUGCUGUUCUCUGUUGUUUACAGCAUCUUCUUUGUUGUGGGCUUAUUGGCUAAUGUGUAUGUGCUGUUUAUCCUCCAAUGCCUGCGUAAAGUAAAGGGCAUGGGAGAGAUUGGCAUCUACAUGACCAACCUGACCAUUGCGGAUCUACUUUUUGUGUGUGCCCUUCCCUUCUGGAUCGGUUACUAUAGCCGUGGAGGCCACUGGAUUUACGAGGAAUUCCUGUGUCGGCUGACGGGUUCAUUCUUUUUCAUCAACACCUAUGGCACCAUCCUCUUUCUGGGAGCCAUCAGUCUGAACAGAUACUGGGCAGUGACUCAGCCUCUGAAUGCAGCGGCUUGGAACCACGGACGUCGCGGGAUCAUUGUGUCUGUUCUGAUCUGGCUGUGCCUGGUGUCUUCGGCCAUUCCAUCCCUGCCAUCAGAGGGGACGCAGACUGAUAAAGACAACCUGACACGAUGCUUUGAAGGCUACCACAAUGAAACGGACACAGUGAAGCGGAAGGUUGCUGUUACUCAUUUUUUAAUCAUUGGGUUGUUUUUCGUUGUUUUUUUCCUUGUCAUGGUGUGCAACCUCCUCAUUGCACGAGCCUUACUCUCUCAAAAGCCUCCUCAAAUAGAGAUACAAGGGAACAAACAGAGAGGGGUCAAACAACGAGCCUUGCAGAUGCUGCUGGCAGUGGUGGGUGUGUUUGUUCUGUGUUUCCUGCCUCACCAUGUAGUCCAAGCCCCCUGGGUGCUGGCGAUGCUUAAGAUCACAAAAGGAUGGGGCCAUGUGGACUGGGACCAAAACACCCUUCAAACUUUAAAUGAUGCCCAUCAGAUCACAUUGGUUCUAAUGGGCCUCAACUGCAUUUUGGAUCCUGUGGUAUAUUAUUUUGCCCCAAUAAAGUUCAGGACCUUUAUUAUGGCACACCUAAAGAAGGUAGUAAAGGGAGAAGGGUGCUCCAACACACUCAACACACAAGAACUCUGUGGACGGAAGAAAUCACAGUCACAGACUGCAUAGUGUUCAACUGCAGCCCACCUCAGAACAACCUGACCAUUGGUGAUGGGAGUAGAGAAAAUGGAAUUUAGAUACAUUUGGUUGAUGCAACACAGCUCACCAAGUAAAGUUCUUAAUUUCUUAUAUUCUCUUUUUUUAUGUUCUUUAUCUUUAGGUUAAUUGAUUUCUAAGGGGUUCAAAAAUGCUCUGAAGCAUAAAACUCUUUUGUUGUUUGCCAAAAAGUUAAAUACAGACUUUUUCUGUUUUCAAGAGUCCCACUCUUCAAAAGAGGAUGAAAGCUUUUGGAGAUCCCAAUGGGGAUAAUAACAUAGUCCUUUCUCAUGGAAGUGAGCACUCAGCUGGCACUUCUACAUGUCAUGGUACCUCCGGGAGUCCUCCCCCUCUCCCCUCUGCUUCCUUUCACAGAUUGAACCCAGCUGUUGGCACUUGCCCCAUUUCCAGUCCAGUAUUUAUGGUGGCCUUGUUCCGGUAUUCAUCGCCAGUUUGUUGACCUCUAUGAACUUCACUUCCUCAAGUGCCAACCUGGGUUCAGUCUCAAGCUCCCCACUUUCAAAUCAACCUUGCCUGCCAAAGCCUCCAGCCACGGCACGACUCUGCUACAAGCCACGGCACGACCACUCUCUUCACCAAGCCACGUUAUUCCUAGCUCCAAGUGCCAUCAUCCACUGUCUCAAAGACUCUGCUCAAUCUCACCCAAGAAAAACAUCUUAGAUCAUCGUCUAGCAGACCUCCUCUCUGGUGACGAUUCCACGGACUCAUCGCCAACAUCUGUGUACAAAAUAAAAACUGUCAAGUC